UCAGACUUCCUGGUGUGUUUGUUUUAUGGCCAGAGCCAAUGUGCAAAAGGGCAGAUCACAUACACAGCAGUAACAGCCCCUUCUGGAUCGAGAGAACGUGAUACUAUAGUCUCUGUGUAAAGAAGAAAGUAGAGACGUACACAUCUGUAUUAAAACCGCAGAUAUUGAUCUUUGAAAAGGACGCUUACCACCAGAAAAGGGUGGUGGUUGAGAAAGUGGGUGUGUGUGUGUCGUUGAAAUUGUAGUACAAACAGCAGUGCAGCUGGGGGUUGUGACAACAAAACACAUUGCUGGGGCAGCUCUUUGCAGAACAGCGUCAUCCACACACAGUAAAACAGUGUGACAAUGGACCGCAUAUCCUAGAAUGCGCAGCCCGGCUCACCGGUGCAGAGAUAUCGAGAGGCAAGCCGGCUACCUGCAGCCUGACCAGUGUGUGCCCCCCCCACCUCGCGGCACAGCGGACGGCAUGUGGUUCAUCCAGGACGGCUGCGGCAUCGUCUGCGGUGUUAUCACCUGGCUGCUGGUCUUUUAUGCAGAGUUUGUGGUGCUCUUUGUCAUGCUGGUGCCCUCCAAGAGCCUGGUGUACAGCAUAUUCAAUGGAGUUCUUUUCAAUGCGCUGGCCUUCCUCGCCCUGGCCUCCCACUUCAGGGCCAUGCUGACAGACCCGGGAGCAGUGCAAAAAGGGAACGCCACUAAGGAGUUCAUUGAGAGUUUGCAGCUGAAACCGGGCCAGGUGGUCUACAAGUGUCCCAAAUGCUGCAGCAUCAAGCCGGACAGAGCCCAUCACUGCAGUGUUUGCAAGAGGUGUAUUCGGAAGAUGGAUCACCACUGCCCCUGGGUCAAUAACUGCGUAGGGGAGGAAAACCAGAAGUACUUUGUACUUUUUACAAUGUAUAUAGCAUUGAUAUCCUUGCAUUGCCUUGUGAUGGUAGUGUUUCAUUUCCUUUAUUGCUUCGAAGAUGACUGGACAAAGUGCAGUACCUUCUCACCUCCAGCGACAGUGAUCCUGCUCAUCCUGUUGUGUUUUGAGGGGCUCCUUUUCCUCAUUUUCACAUCUGUGAUGUUUGGGACCCAAGUCCAUUCAAUCUGUACUGAUGAAACAUUCUGGAGGCAUACGUUCCUCAGUGAUUAUUGCGUGUGUAACACCAGUCUGCUUCAAAGCCUGCUCUCCUGAAUGACACAUGGAAUCAAGAUGUAUGCAUUCCUGGAUAUAGAAGCACCUAUCAAUCGAGUGCUGAUGGUCUGUCCUCUUGACCAUUGACACUGAAACUGACUUGCAACAGGGAAAUACAGUUUUUAUGCUUUAGUCUGCUUUUGUCUGCAAGGAUAAUGCAAGUUUCUACGCUGCUACAUGGAAAUGGCAUUGAUGCCUGAGCACUAUGGCAAUUCGCAAUGGAUUGUAGGAUCAGUAGUCCCAAAACGGCACUAAAAUACAGAACAGAGGCUCUAAUCUGGAUGCAAGUUAAUGCUUCCCAAUGUCCUGUUUAAACUAGGGCGAUUUAUCUUCCCUUGGGGAGGCUCCAAAAUAAUUCACACAAACAGGAAUUUGUAUCAAGUGAAUUCAUAUUAUAAGAAGCAAGUCCCAUUCUGAAUAUAGUUCAUAAGCCUGCAUUAUUGUAUCCCAUUUUUUUAGAAUGGUUGACAGUGUUCCUGGGAAUGUUAAAAUCUGUAGCAAGUAAUUUACAGCAAGAGACUGCUAAAUUUUGCAUGGACUUUGCAGUAAAUUCGUACUAUCAGGAAAUUCAUCUUAUCCAAAUUCAUUUUAAUGAGAAUUGACUGUAUAAGUAUAUGUCUGUGUGUGUGUAUACAUACAGCUGCUUUGAUUGAAUAUGGGUCAUAAAUCGGCUAUAGAUUUUGAUUAAAUCCACCCUUGGAUGUUUGAGCACCCCUCAUAAAGCCAUAGUAACAUUGAAGUAUCUUCAGUAUAGCAGCACUUCUUGUUUGUCUAGUCAUCAGGGUUGUAAAGAUCUUUUUACGAUGCAGUUUUCUGUGGAAAUUGACCACACUUUUUAAACCUGUUUGAUGUUUGCUGCAUGUCGUUUGUUAACAAUGCUGUUUUUGCUGUCUUUUAUCCCUUACUAAACUGAAAUUCUCUCUUUCUUCAUUUCUUUUUGUCUGCAACUGUGCGAGUGAAGUUAUAGUCCUCUUUUGUCAAAACCUGCAGAUUUGUGUUAAAAGAUAUUGAUUGAACUAUGUAGUCAAUAAAACCCUUCCCGUCUUCCAAAAUUGGACUUUUCCAAAUUUAAAACUGAGCAUGAAGAAAAACAGCUUUUUGCAACAAUACAACUGAAUCGUACGAUUAUGUCUUUUAUUUUUACAGCUGUACUUGAUAACAUUUUAAAAGCCGUGGUCCAGUCACACCUUUUAUAGCUCUUGCAUGUCUGUUCCAACCAUUAACCUGUCCCUUGCAACCCUCUGUGGAUACAGUUAGAAAUAUCACAGUUUAAUGGUAACACUGGCGUACUAGCUGAACAGAAUACAUGUUAGAGCUCCACUCAGGCCACAAGGGAGCUUUUGAUUGCUGAGUUUUAAUAAGUCACCAGAAUGUGAUUGCUGAAACAGACACUUAUAUGCAAUGUGAUUAUAAACAAUAAUAAAUAAGAAUAAAUUAGUUAAAAUCACUCAGAUAUUGUAUAUCCGUAGCAAGAUGCUCUGUUAGUACACAUGGAACAUGUUCUGCUCCACAGUAAUUAGUGAUUAAGCAAAGCCAUUCUGAACCUAAUCCAAGUUUUAAUAGUUUUUCAAAAGUCCCCAGUUACACCUGUAAAUCUGCCACACACCGGAAGUGAAUACAUGCUUCGAUGCAGCUAAAUAAUAGAUCCAAUACUUUCAAUAAGAACUUUUCACACCCCAAGCAUCGAUGCUAAAUAAAUAGGAUUGAAUAAAAAAAAAAAUGGGAAUGUGUCGCAUGACAUAUAGGGGACUGAGCAAUCGCAGCUCACCAUCCAAGCACAUGUUCUUCAGUAAAUAAUAGAAUCUCAACAAAAAAAAAUAUUUUUACUUUGGGAAGGAAGAUUCUUGAUUCCUUUGCCAAGGUUUUAGCGCAAUGAAGCCUGUAUAAAAAUGCAGCCGGUUUUUGCAUCUAGUUGUUUCUUUAAUGUAGUGCUUGAAUACAAAAAAAAAUAUAGAAAUGAAUCAAGUUCCACAAAAUAAAUGGUUGGAAUCUGACAAGAAAUCGUAUUGUGUCCGGUGUGUGGCAGCCAGAAACCAGGUUAAAAUCGAAAUGUGAUUCCAAUUAGAUUAAAUUUGUUUGCCAUUUUUAUUAUGCCCAUUAAACCAUUUUGUUCUGCAGUAUAGCAUUGCUCCUUAAUGAUGUCAACCCCAACA